CCGCCCCGCGGAUGCUCCGGGGCAGCGGCGGCCGCGGUGCCGUGCGGGGCCAUGGCGGCCCCGGACAGCUGCGUGAAGGUGGCCGUGAGGAUCCGUCCGCAGCUGCCCAAAGAGAAGAUAGAGGGGUGUCACAUCUGUACCUCAGUGACACCUGGCGAGCCCCAGGUGCUGCUGGGCAAGGACAAGGCCUUCACCUAUGACUUUGUCUUUGACCUGGACACGUGGCAGGAGAGGAUCUACACGACGUGCAUGGGGAAGCUCAUCGAGGGCUGCUUCGAGGGCUACAAUGCCACUGUGCUGGCCUACGGGCAGACUGGAGCAGGGAAGACCUACACCAUGGGCACUGGCUUUGACAUGAGCAUCUCGGAGGAGGAGCAGGGCAUCAUCCCCCGGGCCAUCAGCCACCUCUUCAGCGGCAUCGAGGAGCGCCGGCGGGCGGCCCAGAGCCAGGGCCUGGCAGCGCCCGAGUUCAAAGUCAGCGCCCAGUUCCUGGAGCUCUACAACGAGGAGAUCCUGGACCUGUUUGACAGCACCCGUGACCCCGACGCGCGCCACCGCAAAUCCAACAUCAAAAUCCACGAGGAUGCCAGUGGGAGCAUCUACACCACGGGGGUCACGUCACGCCUCAUCAGCUCCCAGGAUGAGCUGAUCCAGUGCCUAAAACAAGGAGCUCUUUCCCGCACCACAGCCAGCACCCAGAUGAACGUGCAGAGCUCCAGAUCCCAUGCCAUCUUCACUAUUCACCUGUGCCAGACAAGAGUGUGUGCCCGCCCAGAGCUGGUGAAUGAGGAGGUGAGCAGCCUUCUGGAUGGAUCCCAACCUGCUGCUGAGUACGAGACCUUGACAGCCAAGUUUCACUUUGUGGACCUGGCUGGCUCGGAGAGGCUGAAGCGGACGGGUGCCACUGGCGAGAGAGCCAAGGAGGGCAUCUCCAUCAACUGUGGGCUGCUGGCCUUGGGGAAUGUCAUCAGUGCCCUUGGAGACCAGAGCAAGAAGGUCGUGCACGUGCCCUACCGUGACUCCAAGCUCACCCGCCUGCUGCAGGAUUCCCUUGGGGGCAACAGCCAAACCAUCAUGAUUGCCUGUGUGAGCCCCUCUGACCGGGAUUUCAUGGAGACCCUGAACACGCUCAAGUACGCCAACCGGGCUCGCAACAUCAAGAACAAGGUGGUGGUGAACCAGGACAAGACGAGCCAGCAGAUCAGCGCCCUGCGCGCCGAGAUCGCCCGGCUGCAGAUGGAGCUCAUGGAGUACAAGGCAGGCAAGCGUGUGAUCGGGGAGGAUGGCACGGAGGGCUACAGCGACCUGUUCCGGGAGAACGCCAUGCUGCAGAAGGAGAACAGCGCCCUGCGCAUGCGCGUCAAGGCCAUGCAGGAGGCCAUCGACGCCAUCAACAGCAGGGUCACCUACCUCAUGAGCCAGGAGGCCAACAUGAUGCUGGCCAAAGCAGGUGAUGGGAACGAAGCCAUCGGCACCCUGAUCCAGAACUACAUCCGGGAGAUUGAGGAGCUGAGGACGAAGCUGCUGGAGAGCGAGUCCAUGAACGAGUCCCUGCGCCGCAGCCUCUCGCGGGUCUCUGCCCGGCCCCCGUUCCCCGUGGGCUCCUCGCCGGGCGCGGGCCUGGCCGGGCUCUGCAGCCCUGCUGCUCCCCUGGACACCGAGGCCUCCGACGUGCUCCGAAGGGCCAAGCAGGACCUGGAGCGCCUCAAGAAGAAGGAGCGGCGGCAGCAGAGGAAGAGCCCAGAGAAGGAGGCGUUUAAGAAGCGGCAGAAACUGCAGCAGGACAAUGGGGAGGAGACAGAUGAGAACGAGGUGGAAGAGGAGGAGGAAGAACAGGAUGAGAGUGGCUGUGAGGAAGAGGAUGGGCGUGAGGAUGAAGAUGAGGACUCAGCCAGUGAAGAGAGCCUGGUGGACUCAGACUCGGAUGCAGAGGAGAAGGCUGUGAAUUUCCAGGCCGACCUGGCGGAUCUGACCUGUGAGAUUGAGAUAAAGCAGAAGCUGAUUGAUGAGCUGGAGAACAGCCAGAGGCGUCUGCAGACCCUCAAGCACCAGUAUGAGGAGAAGCUGAUCCUACUGCAGAACAAGAUUCGGGACACGCAGCUGGAGCGGGACCGGGUCCUGCAAAACCUCAGCACCAUGGAGUGCUACACAGAGGAGAAAGCCAACAAGAUCAAGGCAGACUAUGAGAAGCGGCUGAAGGAGAUGAACCGGGACCUGCAGAAGCUGCAGGCAGCGCAGAAGGAGCAUGCUCGCCUGCUCAAGAACCAGUCCCGCUACGAGCGGGAGCUGCGGAAGCUGCAGGCAGAGGUGGCUGAGAUGAAGAAGGCAAAGGUGGCGCUGAUGAAGCAGAUGCGGGAGGAGCAGCAGCGGCGCCGGCUGGCCGAGACCAAGAGGAACCGGGAGAUCGCGCAGCUCAAGAAGGAGCAGCGCCGGCAGGAGUUCCAGAUCAGGGCUCUGGAAUCUCAGAAGCGACAGCAGGAAAUAGUGCUGCGGAGGAAAACCCAGGAGGUGUCGGCGCUGCGCCGGCUGGCCAAGCCCAUGUCCGAGCGGGUGGCGGGCAGGACGGGCCCGAAGCCGCCCAUGAUGGACUCGGGCGCCGAGGUCUCGGCCAGCACCACCUCCUCCGAGCCCGAGUCCGGCGCUCGCUCCGUCUCCAGCAUCGUGCGCCAGUGGAACAGGAAAAUCAACAACUUUCUGGGAGACCCCUCAUCCUCCAUUAACGGGGCUCGGCCUGUCAGGAAGAAGUUCCCCAAGAAGGGGACGAGCCAGACCUUCAGCAAAGCUGCCCGCCUCAAGUGGCAGUCCCUGGAGCGGCGCAUCUUCGACAUUGUCAUGCAGAGAAUGACCAUCACCAACCUAGAGGCAGACAUGGAGAGGCUCAUCAAGAAACGUGAGGAGCUAUCGCUGCUGCAGGAGGCGUUGCUGGGCAAGCGGGCAAAGCUGCAGGCAGAGAGCCCCAAGGAGCAGAAGGGUCUGCAAGAGCUGAAUGACGAGAUUGAGGUGCUGGGGGCCAACAUUGACUAUAUCAACGACAGCAUUUCAGACUGCCAGGCCACCAUCAUGCAGAUUGAGGAGACCAAGGAGGAGCUGGACUCCACGGACACCUCGGUGGUGAUCAGCUCCUGCUCCCUGGCCGAAGCACGGCUGCUGCUGGACAACUUCCUGAAAGCCUCCAUUGACAAGGGGCUGCAGGUGGCCCAGAAGGAGGCGCAGAUCCGGCUGCUGGAGGGGCGCCUGCGGCAGACAGACGUGGCCAGCUCCUCACAGAACCACGCCCUGCUGGACGCCCUGAGGGAGAAGGCUGAGUCCCACCCCGAGCUGCAGGCACUGAUCCACAACGUCCAGCAAGAAAAUGGCUACACCAGCACAGAUGAGGAAGUUUCAGAGUUCAGCCUGGCCUCAGAUGGGAGCAUCUCCCAGUCUUUCACCAUGAAGGGCUCAGCAAGCCAGGAUGACUUCAAGUUCAAGGGAGAGCCCAAGCUUUCGGGGCAGAUGAAGGCAGUGUCAGCUGAAUGUCUGGGACCCACGCUGGACGUGUCCACCAAGAACAUCACCAAGUCCUUGGUGUCCCUCAUGGAGAUCAAGGAGGACGGGAUCGGCUUCUCCAUCCGGGACCCCUAUUACAAGGAGAAGGUGUCACGCACCAUCAGCCUGCCCACCCGGGGCAGCACCUUUCCCAGGCAGUCCCGGGGCUCAGACACUUCGCCCCUGACACGGCGGAAAUCCUACGACCGUGGGCAACCUGCCAGGCCUGCAGACAUUGGCUUCACACCACCCUCCUCCCCACCCACCCGUCCGCGCAACGACCGCAACGUCUUCUCCCGUCUCACGAGCACCCAGAGCCAGGGAUCUGCCUUGGACAAGUCUGAUGACAGCGAUUCCUCUGUCUCGGAGGUGCUGAGGGGCAUCAUCAACCCGGUGGGUGGCACCAAGAAUGCCCGGACAGCCCCUCUGCAGUGUGUCUCGGUGGCAGAGGGACACACCAAGCCUGUGCUCUGCCUGGAUGCCACCGAUGAGCUGCUCUUCACCGGCUCCAAAGACCGCAGCUGCAAAAUGUGGAACCUGGUGACGGGCCAGGAAAUCGCCUCUCUCAAGGGCCACCCCAACAAUGUGGUUUCCAUCAAGUACUGCAGCCACACGGGGCUGGUGUUCACCGUGGCCACGUCGUACAUCAAGGUGUGGGACAUCCGCGACUCCGCCCGCUGCGUCCGCACCCUCACGUCGUCUGGCCAGGUGAUCUCUGGGGACGCGUGUGCCGGGACCAGCAGCCGCACGGUCACCAGCGUGCAGGGCGAGCACCAGAUCAACCAGAUCGCGCUCAACCCCUCGGGCACCGCGCUCUACGCGGCCGCCGGCAACGCCGUGCGCGUCUGGGAGCUCAGCAGGCUGCAGCCCGUGGGGAAGCUGAGUGGCCACAUCGGGCCCGUGAUGUGCCUGACAGUGAACCAGACAGCGAGCAACCACGACCUGGUGGUCACAGGCUCCAAAGAUCACUAUGUCAAGGUGUUUGAGAUCACAGAGGGCAUGGUGGGCAAUAUCAGCCCCACUCACAACUUUGAGCCCCCUCACUACGAUGGCAUCGAGUGCCUGGCCAUCCAGGGAGAUGUCCUCUUCAGUGGCUCCAGGGACAACGGCAUAAAGAAGUGGGAUCUGGAGCAGCAGGAACUUAUCCAGCAAAUCCCCAAUGCCCACAAAGACUGGGUCUGUGCCCUGGCCUUCAUCCCCGGCCGCCCCAUGGUGCUGAGCGCCUGCCGAGGAGGCGUCAUCAAAGUCUGGAACGUGGACACCUUCACCCCAGUCGGGGAGAUCAAGGGCCAUGACAGCCCCAUCAACGCCAUCUGCACCAACUCCAAGCACAUCUUCACUGCCUCCAGCGACUUGACAGUGAAGCUCUGGAGUGGGAGGAGGUUGCCUGCGGGGUCAAACUAGGAACUGCAGAAAGACUGGAAGGCGUGGGGCAGGGUGAAGGGCAGGGUACCCCUCCCUGCUCUCAGGACUCGGUCACCCACAGGAGCUCAGCCCAGCACAGGGAUUUCUUUGUGCCUGACCCAACGGGGUGGACAAUGCUGCAUCUGGUACUCCGAGCACUGUCAGCUCCUGUGAAGAAGCAGCUCUGUGGGGCACCAGCAGCUCCACCUGCCCUCCUGCUGAGGCUUCUCCAUGGUUCUCCAGUGAACAGGAAAUGUUUCAUCUCUCCUCUCGCCCAUCCUGCUGUAAGGACUUUGGGGGUCAGAGAUCCCUGACUCCUCAGAGACACCCAGCUCCCUCCUGCCACGUGGGCCCCGUGGCUCUGCUGUGCUGUGCUGCUCCUGGGCUGGUUCCUGCAGGAGUCUUCUCCACUCCACAAGGACAUUUGGUGUCUGCUGGCCAGGACCACAACACAGAGGAUGCUUCUCUGGAGCCAUUACUUGUGAGACACCUCUGCUGUGGGGACUGCAGAAGGAUUUGCUGGUUCUCCCAGCCUUCCCUUUCCUGUGUGGAUGUGUCCUCAGUGGUUGGAGGGUGCACUCUGAGCUCCUUUGCCAUGUCGCAUCUCGUGAGGCACAGCAAGCCUGGGAUGAUCUCCGUUGGGCAACUUCCAGACAGAUCUGCUGCAGUUCCUUUGACACUCUCCAAACCCCAGUUGUAAACUCAACUGCCCCCUGGCUCUGGGCUCUUCCCCACAUGCCCAGCCCUGCUCUGGACAUGGUGACCCCAUCAGGGCUUUGUGCUGGGUUCCUGCAGCAGUUAACCCCCUGGAGAUGGAGAAAUGAAGCAAGAAUGGAGGUUACAGGGCAAAAAGGCCAAGGCUGGAUUUGGCACCCCACUGCUGUGGCUCUGUCUGUCCUUCCCUUAAAUUCCUCUCUCAGACCUCUGCCUGGACUGGAGCUUGCUUAGGCUGGGCCUGCAUGGAUCCAAGGCUGGAGAGGAAUUUAAGGCAAGGCAGGGAGCAGCCAGAGUCCCCUGUGGCAGGAGCAGAGGGGGGAGGGGGUUGCACACUCUGAUCUCGCACAAGUCCCCUGACUCCCCCUGUGCUGGAAGGACAAUCCUGCCAUGGAUGAUCUUGCACAGUCUCAUCUCCUGGAGGGUCUGGGGGCUCCACCCAGGAGUGUUUCCCCAAGGACACGCAUUCUGCAGGCUCUUUCCUCUGUGUCAUCUGUUCAAGGGAGGCUGGUAAGGCCCUGGUCUCACACUGGAGCUUCUCUCCAUCUCUCCUGUGGCCCAUUGGACCAUCCCCUGCUCUGUCCUGCCCUGGGCCACCCAGGGUUCUUGUGGAAUGGCCGAGGAGACCCCAGGAUGGGUGUUCCUGCCUCACACACUCUCCUUUCCCCAUUGUCACAGAAGAAGCAGCACUUGAACUCAAAUUUAAGGAUUUCUCCAUGUGAUCCCACAGCACUGAACUGGAUUCUUGGAGGCCAGGGGCUCCAGGACCUGCCCCAUCAAGCACAGACCAUUUCCCCUCUGCUCUCUCCAGCCACGGUGAUACCUUGACCUGCCCCAGGUCAUCUGCCACCAGCCUUGUUCCAGGCAUUCUGGCUGGAGUGAGGGGAUUCCUCUGCAUCAUGAAAGACAGGAGUAUCUUUAUUCAUUUGGUGGGGGAAGGGAGGGUUGCCUUUUUUGGGAAAAUUCCAUCCUGCUGGCUUGCCUUGUUGGAGGGUAAAUGGUACAUAUGUGUGUGUGUGUGUGUGUGUGUGUGUGUGUGUGUGUGUGUGUGUGAGUGUGAGUGUGAGUGUGAGUGACCCUGCCAGGACAGUCCCUGCUCUCUCUGAGUGUGGCUGAGCCCUGCACAGCCAGGACUGGUGACUGUGCUGAGGAGAGGCUCCCAUCCAUCCUGUGUGACCUGUGGAACUGAGGGUGCAGCCAAAAAUGCACAGAGACCUCAGCACCCAGUGGCACACGGCCCUGGGGGUCUGCAGGAGGUGUCUCCCCCCCAGGCCUGUCUUGGAGAGGUUUCUGCACUCAUUCCUCAGCUGGUUUGUGCUUUGCUUGGCUGGAGGGGCUCUGUGAGUGUGGGGGUGUCUCUGGGAAGUGUUUGGCUGUAGCCUGGUGUUGAAUCUGUCUGCUCUGAGGUCUCCAGUGCCUGCCCUGGAGCCUUCCCUGCUGCCAUGGCUGAAGGGAGCACCCAGGGUCAGACCUGCCUUGCCUUUGCCCCCAGUACCUCCCUGUGUGCAGGCUGAAAGUGCCUGUUCAGUGUUCCAGGGCUGUGUGGCCAGUCCUGGAUGAUGCUGAGCCUCUCUUGCUGCUGUGUCCAGCAGCCUCAAGGCUCUCACAGCCCGUGGAGGGAGGGAGCUGGUGCUGGGGCAUUGCUGUCCUGAGGCAGGGGGUUUGAAGUGAGGAGAGUCCUGAUUUAGGGAUAGCAUUCUCCAAUUUAGUGCUCCCACUAAAACCCCCAUCCCCAGCAGGGUGGAGAGGGGAACUGGAGGCACAAAAGAUGAAGAUCACAAGUUGAGAUAAGAGCAAUUUACUAGAAACAGCAGUGAGAUGAAACAAACAGUAAAACAGCAGCAAUGUUAAUAACAGAAGUAUACAAAAGAGAGAAUGAUUCACCUGCAGAGUGCUCACCCUGACCUGACCACAGCCAUGUUCUACUGACCAGAGUAGACCUCUCCUCUGAGGAGAAGAAAUGGAUCCUGCCCCUGUGUGUCUCCAUGGCAUCAGGACAUUGUGAUAAAGCCUUACACUGCUGUGGAUUUGCUGUGCCAGCCUUGGAUCCACCCAGCCCAGCAGAGCCCAGUGCUGCUGUCUCCCCUGGCUGCAGGCAGGGCCCCUCUGCUUCUUGUCAGGGUGCUCACUGCUCACUCCUGCAGGUGUGCAGGUGCAUUCAGGAGGAUCAGAAGUGACAUUAGCCCUUUGGUUCUGAGCACAUGACCACUGGAAGCUGGGCUGGCAUUUAUCCCUGAAGAAUUUCCUGCAGUUGUUGUUUUUCCUCUCAGCUCACACACCCAUGCUUCUGGGACAGAGGUGGGUUUUCCUUCCCACUCCUCCUGUCCUCUCUGUGCUCAUGCAGGUAAAACCAUAGGUUGCCUUGUGGUGUGUCCCCUCUCUCUCAAAAGGGGGCCAGUUGCUCUCAGCAGCAGAGGCUCUGGUCUGUAUUGGUGUGACAGGGGACAUUUCCUCAGUCCACAGCCCUGGACUGGAGGAUAAGUCCAGUCCUAAACUGGACCUGGGCUGGUCCAGUUUAGACAGUCUUUUUACACAGCUGAAACACAGGUUGGUGGGAAGGAAAAACAAUGAUCUUCAUCAUCAGAGUUGGGGAGUCACGUUUAACACUGUUUGUGUUCCUGUUCAGAUCUCUAAAUAACCUCUCUAGAAAUCUCUUUCUUGACUCCAAAGAUUAUGUGGACUACACUAAGGACACCUGGCAAAAAUAUGAUUUCCUUAACAUUCCAAGGGAAUUCAGAACUUCAAAAGCUGUUUUAACAGGCCUCAAGCAGGAAAAGUGGGUGAAAGACUGGGGAAAAUCAUCCCCAUCAGUGCCAGUGAGGCUGUGCUCUGUACACCCUCCUGCCACAUGGAUGGUGUGCACUGGACCUCAUCUGCAUCUGCAGGGCACUGCUGCAUGUUUGAAUCCCUGGGGACCCCCUCUAACACAGCCAGUUCCCUCAGGUGCUGGGCAGCAUUUAUCCUAUUUAACCCUGUCCGUGUUGUUCCACCUGCUUGGGUGCAGUGCUCCAUCAUCCCUGAGGGAACACCUUUCCCUCACACUUGGCAGGAGCUGCCUGCAGAGGCUGAGAGUUCCUGUGCUCUUCCCAGUCCCCUUGCCAAUGCCCAGGUCCCAGGACAGGUCCCAUUCCUUGGCUUCUCUUCCAUGGCGUGGCUGCAGCACCCAACAUUGCAGCAGCUGGGUCACCAGGGGCUCACCCCCCCUGGCAGCUGAAACCUCUUCACAUCUCAGCUCCAUGGGGAUAGGGAUGGGAUGAUUACCUCCAGCCCUGCCUCCUCCUCCUGCUGUGAGGGCCCUGCAUCCUCUUCAUCCCUCUAUGCAAGCUGAUUUGGUCUGAGAUUUAUUCUGUAUAGGGGUGACUGCAGCCAGCGUGGUUUGUCCCUGUGGUUCAGCUGCAGCUGUAGUGGCCAUGGUGCCUGCUGCUCUGCCUUCCUCCUCCUCCCCUGAGGGUGCUGUCUGGUGAGAAGCAGUGUCUGAUGAAUGCUGACCAGGGCCCAGCACACUGCAGUGAGGCUUCUGGCUGGAACUGCCACAGCAUUCUCCUUGCAAGUGCUCUGUCACUUUUACAGCAUCUUGUACUUGUUCAGGGGGACACUUCCCAACCAUUGCAGGAGAGAAUUUCUUCCAAAAGUGGCCCCUUUUCUCCCACAUUCCAUGCCAGUCAUGACUAUUCCCCAUCGGGGUAGAUCUCUGAAUAACCUCCCUAGAAAUCUCUUUACUCCAAAGAUUAUGUGGACUGCACUAAGGACACCUGGCAAAAAUAUGAUUUCCUUAACAUCCCAAGGGAAUUCAGAGCUUCAAAAGCUGUUUGAACAGACCUCAAGGGAGAAAAGUGAGUGAAAGACUGGGGAAAAUCAUCCUCCCCUGUUCUCCCACAGGUUGGUCAUGAUUGUUAUUAAUGGAGUCCCAAAGGAAGUGCCCCAGGUAAGGGUAGAAGAGCAACACUCCAGACAUCCUAAGUGACCCUCACUGCCCUUGAUGUUAUCAUGUCGUAAACUAACAGAGCAGUCCUGAUCCCCCUCCCUGCUCUGAGACUGUGAAUGGGAGCAGAAAUAUGUGCAGGGUUAGGUACCCACAUGGGCAGACCAGGCAACAUUGUCACCAGUGGCUCAGUACCUCAUACAGAAAAUGCUGAGAUCUAAUUUGUUUCCAGCCCACUCUGGGCAGAUCUGUUGUUAUCUCGACUGUUCAAGCCCUACCUUGAAUGCCAAAAAAAAAGCUGUUGUGGUUUAGGACUGGUAUUCCCCAAUUUAGUGUUCCCACUACAGCUGUGUGCUGCCACACCCCUCACCUCCUUCCUGCCCUGUGGUGGGAUGGAGAGGAGAACUGGAGGCACAAAAGGUAAAAAAAGUCACAGGCAGAGAUAGGAACAAUUGACUGGAAACAGCAAUGAGAGAAGAAAACUGAACAGCAACAAUAUUAAUAACAAAAGUGUACAAAAUAGAGCAAAUCACAUGCAAAUGCUCACCACAGUGUUACCCUGAUUGGAAGAGAUCCCUUCUCCCUGGAAGAGAGUCCCUUCCCCCUACCCAGCAAUGAUGUGAGGUGGCCUAAAAGAACCUCUGGGCUCUGGCCAUGUCCCCUCCUGGCUACUGCAAAAAUUAACUCUGUCCUGGCUGGACCCAGGCCAGGGGUGACUGUGAUCCCAUAGCUCUGUUUGUGUGUGUGUGUGUGUGUUUAGCUCUUAGUUCCUGUGUGGGUUGAUGUUUCUCAUGCAGAAGAGCAUUUCUUGGCUGUUGAUCUGGUUUAGCUACCUCACGGUGCAAGCUGGGUGCUGUUGUCAUUGAGUUUCCUACUGGGGAUGGGGUGGGGAAUUUGUGGUGUAAGAAUCUUUUAUUUUUUCUCUUAAUUAUUGUUAUUGUUAUGGUUUUGACACUUGAAUUCAUCCUGGGGACACAUGGCCUCGCCCCCACCUUGCUGCAUGUCUGAGCCACCCCCUGUGUUCCCUCCCUGCUCCCUCCUGGGCAGGGAGCAGGGCUGGGGUCCCUGCCCCAGCUCCCACCUUUGCAGUGGGUUCCCCCAGAGCAGUUGCAACACCAAGAUUUUGAUCCCAUUCCUCGUGGGAUUCCUGGUCUGAGGAUCUGUGGUGUUGCCAUUGCUGGCUGGGUUGGUUAGCAGCCUGGGUGUGGCUCCCAUCUGGUCCCAUGGAAAGGUGGCUCUGAAAGGCUCAGCUCAGCCCAGAUUUCUCCCUCUGCCCUCCCAGAUACUCUCUGUGGAUGUGAUGGAGCUCUGGUCUGGAAGAUGUCUGUGCAGAGCACAUUGCUGGGGUGGGCUGGUUCCAGCAGGGCCUGGGGGCUGGGAGAGCCUCUGCCCAGGCUGGCCAUGGGCUGUGAGAACCUGAUUCUGAUGUGUGAUGGGCUUUUCACUCCCAAAACAUGUAUUUGUGUCUAGAUUGAGUGCCAGGCACUGAACAUAAACCAGGGGAGCCCUGGAGCCCCCAGCUCAGGCUGGCAGCUGCCCUGGCACGGGGGUCAGGGGCUCUGAGCAAGUUUGGGGUGCAGGUCCUCCCAAACACUAAAGCACAAGGUCCCACAUGCAGGUGGGUCUAGGAGGGGUGGCCCCUUGGUCCCUGGCCCUCCAGAGCUCUGAUGGGACCAUGGGCUGAGGCUGGAGGAGGAGGAGGAGGAGGAGGAGGAGGAGGACUGAGCUGAAGGCUCUUUGCCUGAGGGUGAGCUGUUCCAUCCCUGUGCACUGUGCUGGCUGCUCCCUGCAGCUCUGGGGCCUGGCUGCACACCUGAAGUCCUCUCUGGUGGUCUCAGAGCCCCUCUGAGAGCCCCUCCAGGGCAGGGGCACUUUGGAGCUGCCUUUGUAACACACACCUCACUUUUCUUUGCCCUUGGGCACCUCGAUUUGUGACAAGGGUGUGACCAUACCUGCACUCCUGCCUCAAGUUGCUGGGUUAUGCUUCUUUCCUCAGGGCCUAACUCUGCCUCUGGGGGUCUCCUCACCCCCAGAACACAGCUCCAGCCUCUGUGGAGGGAGCAGAGCUGCCCCAGAGCUGAGCUUUGCACAGCAGGGCUGGACCAGAGUCAGGAGCCUAAAAGCACUGGACCCCCAAACCACUGUGAGCCCUCCUGAGCUGUGUCCCCUCCCUGUCACCUACAGCUCUGAUGACACAGGCUGGGCUGGCCAGGAAUGGGAGCUCUGGACCUGUUUCCCCCAGGUCCCCUCCCCACCACCUCUGAGCACAGCUGCUUUGGGGUCUCAGUUGCUGCCUCCUGCAUUGGUGCUGCAAACUCAGUGCCUGCUUCCCAUGGUGCUCUCCGAGUGUCCCUCAGCCUCACCAGUCCUUCCUGUGCCCCUCACCAGUCCUUCCAGUGCCCCACAGCAGUCCUGCCUGUGCCCCACACUGGAGAGGGUCCAGGUACGAUCCCUGCCAAGCACAGAGCUCCAGUUUGCUUUCCACAGGCUCUGGAGCUUCACUGUCUCCUGCAGGCUGCUCAUCCUUCUGAGCCCCCCUCACCCUUCUGGGAAGGGAUGAGGACCCCCAGCCCCUCCAGGUGCUCCAGCUGUAACUGGGACAGAGGCCAGCACAGACCCAGCUCCCAGAAAAGCACAGCCCUGCACCUUCCUCCUCCCCAGGGCUCGUCCCCUCACCCACCACAGCUCUGCCCUGGUUCCUACCAGCUCCUCCUGGCCUGGCACCUCCAGGUGCUGCCCCACACGAGGCUGGGGCAGUUGCAGCACUAUGUCCCUGCUCCAGCACUCCUUUCUGCACAAGGAGCACAACAGCAGAUGCCUUUUCACACUCGGGGCUUUUCCCAGAGGCCAGCUGCCCUGGAGGCUGUGGUGUCUCUGUGGGGGCUGUGCAGCCCGGCCCUGCCUGGGUUUGUCAGAGCAUGAGGGGUGUGUGUGUGUUUUCUACCUUGGUGUGUUCCUGUAAAUAGUGUAAGUUAUUGUGCUCUCCUGCUGUACGUUUUUCAAUGGCUGUUUGUUUCUUGCCUUUUUGUCUUUGCAAAUAAAAUGUUCUUGACAUGAA